AACAGUCAGGUGGAUGUGAAAGGUGUGUGUUUGUGGGGGAGUGUGUCUUUGCACACAUGCUUUCUGUCUUUAUAUACCCUGACAUUCCUGUUAAAGUCCAUUCAUAGUCUACAGUUACACUCAAAAACCUCAAGUCUAGAAGAUCCUCCUUAUAGAUAUCAUAUUUGGCUGCACUUUGCUUUAUUUGUGCCACGCUCACGGAGAAGUUGUGUUUGUGUGAGAGCGAGAGAUUUUCCAGCAAGCAUCUGUGGAGUGGAUCAGGCGCCGAGUACACUGUGAAUGGAUCCAUUGUGACAGCAGGACAAUAGCAUAAUUUCAGUCUGCUGCUCCUGCCUGGCUAAGCAGCAGAGCCUGUCGGAGCCCUAAAUACUUCACUCCCACCACUGGGUUCCCAUAAGUGUGGACACGCAACGGAGCACAGUUAAUGGGCUCCUUUGUUCUGGCCGUGGGGCUGUGGCUGCGUUUUGACCCAGAAACCGUCUCCCUGCUCAGCGGCGAUAAGGCUCCAGAUACCUUCUUUAUUGGUGUGUACAUACUAAUUGGUGCUGGCAGUCUGGUGAUGUUAGUAGGUUUCUUCGGCUGCUGUGGAGCUGUUAGAGAAUCUCAAUGCCUGCUGGGUUCAUUCUUUGCCUGCCUGCUGAUCAUCUUUGGGUCUGAGGUGGCUGCAGGAGUGUUUGGAUUCCUAAACAAGGACAAAAUAAUUGAAGAUGUCCAGAAAUUCUACGUCAAGACCUACGAUGAGAACAACAACGGCACAUUGAUCAUGUCUUACCAGAAAGUACUGAAGUGUUGUGGAACCAUCUCAAACCCAUGCUCUGAUACCGAACCAGAUAAAGACUGUGAGACAGGCAUCAAAGACUUCUUCAACAGUAAACUCUACAUCAUUGGUUACGUGGGAAUUGGCAUCGCUGGAGUCAUGAUCAUUGGGAUGAUUUUCAGUAUGGUGCUCUGCUGUGCCAUUCGCAACAGCAGGGAGGUCAUCUAAGCUGGAUCCGUCACCUCCUCCUGCCCCUGUACAGCACUUCAGCUCAGAUGUCAGCUCCUGUCCAUCAUCCAAGCAGGGACCCAGGAAACAGAACAUGUUCCAAAAAAUUCCUUUUCACUAUGGUGCUCGACCCUUCUCUCCUGGCCUGUUCUUCAAAUUAUUUCUUGCUAGAGUCAUUCUUUAUUUACCUUUAGUCACAAGUUAAGCAGCAUGAUCUACCUUUCAUAACAUCCUGCUAAGACUUUCACAUAUCCAGUGGGAACUGUACUGUUUCUAAUUACCUGACAGCUUGUCAAAUCGUUUUUCCUCAUGGCCAUUUGGCUACAUACUGUCACAGUAGUGUCAAUGCUUUUUUUCACAUAGCCUUGACACUGACCCCUUGACUGUGGGAAACGGACCUGAGAGAGCAAUCUGAGGCCAAAGCAGCUGAGUUUGAUUGUCCGAACGCCCGAAAACGAAAACACACACACGCAGACAUGCACGGACAUACAAACACAGCAAUGUUGUGUUACAUGAGACCGCAGCCUUAAAAAAGGUUUUCUGGCGUCUGGAAGCGAGUUCUGAUUGGUGGAAUCAGAGCUGAGUGUCAAAAGAGGGAAUGACUGGUGAGUGUUUCAGAUGCAUCCAUCAUGCAACCCCAGCGCUUUUACUAACACAUAUACGCCACACACACACACACACACUGGGGACUGCUGGAACCACACAGAUUGUACUUCAGUUGUUGUAAAGGAAUAGUUUAACAUUUUGUUGCUCUAUAUUUAUUAUACAGGCAUGGGAGCACGAUAAAAGGUAUAGAAGCAUUUUCUCCCAAAAUGUCAAAGUGUUUCUUUAAACAACUACACCUCUGGUUUGCUCAUUAUAGCCCAUUUACCACAAGUCAUGCAUGCUUUAUUGAUUACAUUUCCAAGUUCUGCAAACAAAGCUUUUGUGUGAGAAUCAACAAAGCUACCUUAAGUGGUAGUAAAAGUAUAAUUAGAAAUCAAAGAUUCUACUCUGAGAUUGAAAAUAGUAAAAGUAUACAUGAUUUGCAUUUAUAAAAACUACAAAUCAGAAGCCCUUUAUGCCUCUAAAUGAAAGUCCCUCAUCUGUUAGGCCAUGUGACCCAGUGUCAUGAAUACCACUUCCUUCUAUUUCUUUGAUAAUAAGAGAGUACUCUAAGUCUCUGUCGACUGUACAGAUGGCUCAGAUCAUGUGGUCGUGUUUACAGGCUAAACAUGGCCGGUCAAUUGAGUAUAGGCGGUGAACUUUGGAUAUCCAUGCCAGGCCUUUGAUCCGUUCCCAUUUCCACCCCCCCACCCCCCCCACCCCCCGUGCCUUAAAAGUACACCUCCCACAACAAAAAGCAAGAAAAUAGUCCCUCUUAACUUCAGUAACCUCCAUAGACCUCGAAUCUCUUCAUUCAUCCAUGUCAAAUCAGGCCGCUGUAAAUUCUGUAUUGUCUGUUCCAAGUGUCAGGACUCCAUUUUGUAAAUAUGUGUGGAUUUUUUUCAUAGUUGUACAUUAUUUGUGGCUGAUGUGUUAGCUCCUAUUUAACAUGCUGUGUGUAGACGGAUUCUUGCAGUAGUUUGUACAGUGUUGUAGUCUUGACAGUGUUUGCAAAUGUGGUCAAAGCAAAUCCACUUGGCUAAAAAAGCUUCUUAAUGUGCCUUUCUUUGAUAACCAGCUAUCCGGUGGGCUGCAGGCUGUCUGAGUGUAGUAAGUACAUGUAGCAAAAGUCUACAUAUGUUCGUAGAGUUGGACUGCAUUCAACUGUCACAGGCAUUCCAUGAGUAGCACAUAUUAGCUCGACUCACCGCUGUUGUUCCGGCGUGUCGCUCCACUGUGUCUUCUCAGCCAAGAGAGCUGAAGUGGCAACACUUAGCCUGCUAUUUCAAAAGCCUUUUUGGUGCAAAGAAAAUCUAUUCUUAGGACACUGAGCAAUGAAGUUGAAGUUCAAAUGAUCAUGCUAUAUUGGAUGAAAGCACUGGUCAAUAUUGCUUUUUUGUUUUGUUUUUUUGUUUGUUUUUUUCAUUUCACUGUAAUGUGACACAAGUGAGGAGACAACAAAAGCUUACUUUACCACUUUGGGAUGCCAGUAGGCAGUGUUUACUCUGGGGACUGAAGCAACACUGAAGAGUCGCUAGACUGUCACUUCAGAGGCUCGGCGGAGUUUCAACAGUUUACUCCUACUCAAUCCUCGAAGCUGUUGCUGUGCACCUCAGUUACGUUUGUUCAAGCAAAUCUGGGGAAGUAACACACUCCGGAACCUAAAAAAAGCACAGUCGAGCCUUUCAUAGAUGAUUGUGUGUUAAUUUAUUUUCAUACCAUUCCAGGCUUCUCAGGAAUAUGGGUGUUUGAAGUUCAAAUAAAAGGUUUAAGGUU